GUGGAAUAACUAAUAACUAUCUAAUGUCUCUGAAGCUGUUCAGUUAAGAUCUACUCAAUCUAAUAUGGCCCUGGAGAAAGUUCUACUCAUCAUGAGUCAGUUUCUGAUGUAUGGAAGCACCAUUAAUAUCCAUUUUUUCCCAUGUGAUGCUGAUGUAAAUUCCACCGCAGUGGACUGUUCUAGCCGACCCAUAGAACACAUCCCGUUCAUGAAGGCUACUUCUGUGGUGUCAAUCAAUUUGAGUUACACUAAGUUACAAGUAGUGAGAAACCAUGCUUUUGCAGGUGUCCCAAGCCUUAAAAUUUUAAAAAUAACAGGCAACUGUCAACCUGGUCAAUUGCGACUUCCUGAGCAGCAAGGAUGCAAAAUGGAAAUUGAGCCCUUUGCCUUCAAGAACCUUAGAAAUCUGACAUCUCUACAUCUAUCGGGAAACAGCCUAACAUCUAUACCACAAUUACCAGAAAGCUUGCUUUUUCUUGACUUACAGGAGAAUUGCAUCUUUAAUAUAUUUACCCCUAUCAGUGCUCCAAAUCUUGAAAUUCUGCUGCUUUCCAAAAACUGCUAUUACGCUAACCCCUGCAACCAGUCUUAUUACAUAAAUGUAACUGUUUUUAAAGAGCUUCCUAAACUAAAAAAACUUACAUUAGGGUACAAUAAUGUAACUGCUGUCCCUAAGGAGCUCCCGCCGUCGCUAAAGGCUCUGGAUUUAAGAGAAAAUACAAUCACUGAGGUCCCAGAUGGAGCAUUUUCCAACCUGACCGCCCUCGAGAAUCUGACUUUGGAGUGGAACUGUCAGCGCUGUGACCAUGCGGCGAGACCCUGCUUUCCUUGUCCACAAAAUCGCCCUCUCCAACUGCAUCCAAACUCACUAUAUUCAAAAAACAGCUCCAUCACCUUUCUGAGCCUAAGGGGGAAUUCUCUAAAGACUUUUCCUGAUGGCCUUUUUAGGCCACUAAAGAACCUAAAGGGACUGGACAUCUCUGACAAUCUCUUGGCAUUUUCUAUACAAAAUGGCACCUUUUUUAGAGAGCUGACAGGCCUCACUUGGAUAAGCCUCAUCUACAACUAUCAACCACAGAUGACUUUUGGAAAACUGAAUCUCUCUCCUUAUAUUGGACAUAUAUCUGGUCUGCAACAUCUUUUGCUAAGUGGAAACUUUUUCCAUACUAUUUCUAAUGAAGGUUUUGACGUUCUGUCUCAACUCAAAAAUCUAAAAACACUAGAACUGAGAAUGAACUUUAUCAGUUCGUGCAAUCUGACUACCCUGAAGCAGCUACCGUCUCUAACCACUAUUGAUCUCUCCCAAAACAUGCUAAAUUUUCUUCCAUGCUGUUCUGUAUCAUCUAGAUCUGUGGCACCUGACAGCUUUAGAGAAGAAAGAAGUAGGGAAAACAUCUGGCAAUCUGACCAAUCUAAUAUGGCAAAAGCAACUGAAGACAGUGAGUGUCAAAUUCCAUCCUUAAUACAUUUUAAGAAAAAAUACUGUGAGGGUAAGCUCAUGUUUGACCUCUCUCAAAAUGAUAUUUUGUCUCUCAAUGAAAGAGUAUUUGUUGGCAUGGAAAAUGCUGUUUGUUUAGACCUUUCUUACAACUACAUGAGUCAGACAUUGAAAGGUGGGCAAUUCAAGAACAUGAAAAAUUUAGUCUAUCUUAACAUGUCCUUCAAUCGGCUGGAUCUCUAUCAUGAUGAUGCUUUCAGAGAACUUCAAUCCACACUGAAGGUAUUAGAUGUCAGUAACAAUGACUUUCACUUCAAGAUGAGAGGCAUGGGCCAUCGUUUUGAGUUUCUUCGAAAUCUGUCUAACCUGGAAUUGCUGAGUCUAGCUAACAAUGGCAUUGGGAUGCGGAUAGAUCAAAGGCUGAUCAGCAGUUCAUUGCAGUACCUCUAUUUUAAUGGUAAUCAUUUGGACAUUAUGUGGAAUGCGGGCUACAACACAUACAGUCAGUUUUUUAAGAACCUAACAAAGCUAAAAUUCUUGGAUAUUUCCAACAAUAACCUGUUUUCCAUCACAGCAGAUUUGCUUAGUAGCCUUCCGGAAAGCCUCCAGAGCCUCAGCCUCAGCAGCAACUCCCUGAAGAGUUUUCCCUGGCAAAACAUUUCAGUUCUGAGCAAUUUGUGUCACCUAAACCUAAGCCACAACUUACUGAAUAAUUUGAUUCAGCAGGAAAUACAAUUUGGAGCCCAUUUUUCCUCUCUGGACCUAAGUUACAAUCAUCUCACCUCAAUUCCUGAGAAUUUCUUCAAAGAAGCAAAGUCUUUGCAGCAUUUAUAUCUCAGUAACAAUAAGAUUAAAGAGUUAAACCAUCAGCAUCUCCCUGCGCCCUUUCAUAAUGGCAGUGCCCUUCAGACACUUACCCUGGCUGAGAACCCAUUUGAAUGUGACUGCAAUACUUCAUGGUUUGCUGAAUACCUGCGGACUACUCCAGUAAACAUUCCUCAUCUGACAACACAAGUGCGCUGUGGAUAUCCAUUAUCUCAACAAGGAGUGGUUCUCCUGUCUAUAGAUCAACAUUCCUGCCAGGACAUAUAUGGUAGCUUAGCCUUCCUCAUCUCCUCUUUCUUGGCUUUGUCUUUUACUGCUCUUCCACUGCUGAAGCAUCUCUACGGCUGGGAUGUAUGGUACUGCUUACAGGUGCUCUGGGCAGGACUCAAAGGCUACUCUCAGCUGUCUGGUGGGGAUAAAGGGAAUCACUAUGAUGCUUUUGUGGUGUUUGACACCAAGAAUCCUUCCGUGAGGGACUGGGUUUACAAUGAGCUCACUGUUAAUUUGGAAUCCUCUGGCCACAGAAGAUUUUCUCUCUGCUUGGAAGAGAGGGACUGGAUACCUGGACUUUCAUGCAUUGAUAAUCUACACAGUGCUGUUCACAGCAGUGUGAAGACUGUGUUUGUACUGUCCAGAAGUCCAAAUGGAACUGAGAUGGUCAACGGUGUGAUACGACAGGCUUUCUUCAUGGUUCAGCAGAGACUACUGGAUGAAAAGGUUGAUGCAGCUGUGCUUGUUCUGUUGGAUGAAAUGUUUCCGAAACUGAAGUACCUUCAACUGAGAAAAAGACUGUGCAGGAAGUCCGUGUUGUCCUGGCCGAGAAACCCAAGAGCUCAACCCCUCUUCUGGAAUCAAAUGAGAAUGGCAUUGUCAUCAGACAACCUGAAAUUUUAUGAUAAUAACAUGAGUGAAAGUUUUAUAUAAUUAUUUGUUAACUGAAUACUUAGUCCUUUUGAAAUACUUAGUCCCUUAUUGACAUUUUUGUUUUGCUUUUCUUGUCUAGUCACACCUAUGUUUUACAUCAUCAAAUUUAACUUAUUAUCAGACAAAGAUACCCUGUGUAACUACAAACUAUAUUAAAAAAAAUGUUGUAACAUAAACAUGUGAUCAAGAGCAGCCUGGCAUGGUAUGGAAAAAUAAUUGCUCUUUGAUUUUUGUUUAAAUUGUUUGUUACAGCCUUGGCAGCACCCGCUGUCAUCAAGUAUUUACAAUAACUUACAGCACUUUAAAUCUAUGUGGAGGGAUAUUUUACAUUUUCUUUUUAGAAUUGUUUAAAUCAGAGGUAUUGGAUAUUUUAAAGAAUAAAUUUAACGUUUAGGUUUGAUACCGUUUAAUGAUUAGAUUUAAACAUUUUCAUUGCCUG